CAAGUGUCCGACGACAGUCAUGAAUGUCUGAGAGACCAAGACAGGGCUAGCAUCUCGAAAAAUGGAAGAGGAGGAAGGUGGCGGAACUUACAUAGCCCAAAUCUGGCGUGAUUUAGAAAAGGGCAUUGAACAAGUUUAUAGACGUGAAGCGAUGUCUAGACUUCGCUAUAUGGAAUUGUACAAUCAUGUUUAUAACUACUGUACAAGUGUUUAUCCAAAAAUUGAUGAAGUAACAAACUAUCCAAAGAGCUGUAUUGUUCCGCUAAACGUUUUGAAACUGUAUGAGAGACUGACAACUUUUCUCAGGGUCUAUCUUAUAGAUAUGGUGGUGGAGGGAGCUGAACUUAUGGAUGAAAAUCUCCUAGUGUACUACACAAAGCAAUGGGAAGACUUCCAGUUCAGUUCCAAAGUUCUGAACGGAAUCUGCGCUUACCUUAACAGGCAUUGGAUCCCAAGAGAACAUGACCGAGUCAGGAAGGAUAUAUACGAAAUAUAUAAGAUAGCAUUAAUAUAUUGGAGAGAGGAAAUGUAUUUAACGUUGAACAAUCAGGUAGUGAGUGCUGUUUUGAAACUGAUUGAAAGGGAACGUAAAGGAGAAACAGUAAACACAAGAUUAAUAAGUGAAGUUAUCAACUGUUACAUUGAAAUGGGUUUUAAUCCAGAGUAUCCAAAUGCUAAUACAAAGAACUUGUGCGUCUACAGGUGUUCAUUUGAAACUGUAUUUCUGUUUGAGACAGAAAGGUUCUAUACUCAAGAAAGUGUACAAUUCAUUCAGAACCAUCCAUUAACUGAAUAUAUGAAGAAGGUCGAGCAAAGAGUACUUGAAGAAAAAAAAAGAGUCCAAACAUGUCUUCAUGAAACAACAUGGGACAAGCUUAUUGACAUCUUUGAUAGAGUAUUAAUUGAGAGAUAUAUAGAAAUGUUUCUUGCAGAGUUUGUGGUACUACUUUUUAACAAUCAAACUGAAGACCUUGGAAGAAUGUAUCAGUUGGUAUCUCGUGUUUUAUUUGGUACACAAAACUUACGGGUCCUGUUUGAAGGCCAUGUUGCAGGUGUUGGACUAGCUUCCAUAAACCAAGUUGCUGAUGCUGCUAUUAAUGAUCCGAAACUUUAUGUGGACACUAUACUGGAAGUUCGUAAUAAACAUAAUGCCUUGGUUAUGACAGCUUUUAAUAAUGAUGCGGGAUUUGUUAAUGCUCUUGACAAAGCCUGUAAAAGAUUUAUCAAUGGAAAUGAUGUGACAAGGCUAGCAAACACUUCAUCCAAGUCAUCAGAACUACUUGCAAAAUAUUGUGAUUUAGUGCUAAAAAAGAGCAGCAAUGACCCUGAAGAAGCUGAACUUGAGGAUACACUCAAUCAAGCUAUGAUUGUCUUCAAUUACAUAGAAGACAAAGAUGUUUUUCUAAAAUUUUAUACCAGACUGCUGGCAAAGCGUCUGGUCCACAAUACGUCUGCUAGUUAUGAUGCAGAGCUGUCAAUGAUCUCUAACUUAAAACAGGCUUGUGGAUAUGUGUACACCUCAAAGAUGCAAAGGAUGUUCCAGGACCUUGGUGUUUCUAAAAACCUGAAUGAGGAAUUCAGAACAUAUCUGAAUAAUUCAUGUAAGCCAAUGGCCAUAGAUUUCAGUAUCCAAGUACUUUCAUCUGGUUCUUGGCCAUUUCAGCAGCCACGUGGAUUUACGAUACCCAGAGAACUCGUACAUAGUGUACAUCUUUUCACAGAGUUCUAUAACAGCCAGCGCAGUGGUAGGAAACUCUGUUGGUUGUUCAACGUAUCGAACGGAGAACUGGUUACACACUGCUUCAAAAGGAGGUAUACAUUGCAGGCUUCAACCUUCCAGAUGGCAAUAUUACUGCAGUUUAAUGUGAGUAAGACCUGGACAGUACAACAACUACAAGAGUCCACCCAAAUUGGGUUGGAUGUAGUAAUACAAGUUAUCCAGUCUCUCAUGAAAGCAAAACUUCUGCAGUCAGAAAGCGAUGAAAAUGAUUUGCUACCUAAUUCUGUUAUAGCAUUACCGAAAAUCUACAAAAAUCGGAAAUUCAGGGUGAAUAUCAACAUACCUCUGGAGACAGAAAUAGAAACGGAACAAGAUCAGACAAAUGUGCACAAGAAUAUAGAAGCAGAUCGCAAAAUAUUAAUACAGGCAGCUAUAGUGAGAAUAAUGAAAAUCAGAAAAACAUUGAAGCACCCGCAACUUGUUGCAGAAGUAUUGAACCAUAUGUCAUUAAGAUUUAGACCCAAAGUUCAUCUUAUCAAAAAAUGUAUUGAUAUACUAAUUGAGAAGGACUAUUUGGAAAGAUCAGAUAGUGACAGAGAUACAUACAAUUAUCUUGCUUGAAGACUACAUGGCUAACGACGUGAAAAUGGUGGUCAAAUGUUUCUGCAGCAUGAAGAAAAUGUUACAUACUGUAUAGAAUCAUGUGCAUUUGAUAUGUGAAAAACUGUUAUCAU